AGUUAUUUCUAAUGUAUCUUGAUUUCUUUAAUUUUUUAUGAAUAUCAUCCCUAACUUCUGGGUGAAACUGCAGGAAACUCAUUAGAAUCGAUUCCAAAAACCCACUUAAUUCGGUUACCAAACACAAAUACUUUCAGGAAACUCAGCAGAUGUCAUUUUGUUAAACCUAUUCAAACGGGGUCGUAAAUAUUUACUUAUAUUCUUUGUGUGAAUUAAAGGAUUAACGGAAAAGUAGAAGUGCAGCGUUUUCAUUGCAAUCCAUCUUUAUGAUGAUCAGAGCUCCUCCUUAUCGUCCUUUGUCAAGCUACCUUCAUCCAAAAACCUCUCCAAGAUUGGUUGCAAAAAUGUUGGGAUUUGGCACAAACAAUAAUAUUGGAAGAGCUGUUGAGUGUAUGGCAGUGAAACCACCUGCUCACCCUACAUAUGAUUUGAAGGGGGUUAUUCAACUUGCCCUUUCUGAAGAUGCUGGGGAUAAAGGAGAUGUGACUUGUAAAGCAACGAUUCCGGCUGAUGUGGAGGCGGAAGCUCACUUUCUGGCUAAGGAGGAUGGGAUCAUAGCGGGGAUUGCGCUUGCUGAAAUGGUAUUCAGUGAAGUUGACCCUACAUUGCAGGUGGUGUGGUCUAUAAAGGAUGGCGAUGAAGUGAAUAAAGGCCUACAAUUUGGCAAAGUGCAUGGAAAGGCGUAUAGCAUCAUUGUUGCGGAAAGGGUUGCACUUAAUUUUAUGCAGAGAAUGAGUGGAAUCGCUACACUGACUAAGGCAAUGGCAGAUGCUGCACGUCCUGCAUCUAUCUUGGAGACAAGAAAAACUGCUCCUUGUUUGCGUUUAAUCGAUAAGUGGGCGGUAUUAAUUGGCGGUGGCCAAAAUCAUAGAAUGGGUUUGUUUGAUAUGGUGAUGAUAAAAGACAAUCAUAUAUCAGCAGCAGGAGGUGUUAAUGAAGCUUUAAAAUCUGUUGACAUGUAUCUGGACCAAAAUAACCUUCAAAUGGGGGUUGAGAUUGAAACAAGAACACUUGAAGAAGUAGACGAGGUGCUACAAUAUGCAUCCAGAACACCAAAGACAUCAUUGAGUAGAUUAAUGUUGGACAAUAUGGUCGUUCCGCUUCCUAAUGGAGAUGUUGAUGUCUCGAUGCUCAAGAAGGCUGUUAGUUUGAUCAAUGGGAGAUUUGAGACCGAGGCUUCUGGAAAUGUUACACUUCAGACAGUGCAUUUGAUUGGGCAAACUGGUGUCACUUAUAUAUCCAGUGGAGCACUGACGCAUUCUGUGAAGGCGCUUGACAUUUCCCUGAAGAUUGAUACAGAGCUUGCUCUCAAAGUAGGAAGGCGGACAAAGCGGGCAUGAUGGUCAUCCUUUUCAAUGGACUUAAUUAUUAACCUUUUGAGGUCAUCUGCUAGUUCUUAGCCCUAAUCCAGACCGUGACAUUGAAUUGAGAUGUUAUUUUCCCUAUUACUCCGUAUUAUAUACGGGGUUUGAAGCCAUAUUCUUGCCAGGGAAAAAAAUAGGGAACUUGGCUUAAAUUUUCUCUUCCCUAGAGUCUCAUUGUGGGAACUUUUUGUGGUGAUGGUGAUGGAUUGUAGGAACAUAGCAUCCAUGACUAGAUUGCAACUGCCAACAUUUUUUGAAAUAAGAAGCAACCAACGGGACAGGACUGAGAGAUGGAUGUAAGGAACUCUAGGGUGGACCCAAUCCUGAAACCGGACUCGACUGGGAGGGUAAAGAAUUAAACCGGUUCCCCACUUUUACAGUUUUGGACUGAAUUGAGAUGUAACAGGCAAACGGAGAGUCUAAGGUCCCCUUUGGAUGGCAUGUGGGGAAAGAUCCUAUUUGUCCCAAUGCAUGGGAUUGUUGGUGAUCUAUGAACUGUAUUUUUGUCUUCUCCAUUCUAUUUUUUUACACAGAGAUAAUGGGCGAUGGUAUUUAACCAAAGAUAGGAAGGUGGUAAUCGAAUGAGCUUUUGUUAUGCUUUUCUUGUCCCUUUUUCUUUUACCUGAUGUUACCCACGAAAUUUACCUCAGUUGCUAAGCGCACCAUAAUGUUCACUAAUAACCUCC